GCAAGGAAUCACCUCUUAAAGUUACGAAUAUUAUUUCCCUAACACCCUGUAUGCAUCCCGUGCUCACUGGAAAUAGACGUUUUGAUAAACUUAAACUAGCAGUCUCAUGAAAAUGCGCAUCUACCCUCCGGACAUAUCGUUGUGCAUGAGAACCAUACAUUCAUCCGAUUCUAAUGCUAAUGCAGUGACCGGAAUAGUGCCGUGAUAGUGCGUAAAAUGUCGGGAAGUCCAGGCCCCUCCAAGGGGGGAACAGCCACCGGGGGGCUGCAACCACAGAAGUCAAAGAGGAAGAUUUCGUUGCCGUGGUUCCGGCAAAGCUCGAUGGCCAAGAAUCAUCCCAUGUUGACCAGGCAGCAUACCAUCGAUACGCCGGGGUCCUUCCAGGCGAGGCUUCUGAGACGGCAGCCCAGUCAAUCAGCCAUGGUUAAUAUCAUUGUUGGUUUAUGAUACAGGGUGUUUCCUAAUUGAAUGUCCAUUUUUAAAAGGGAUAUUUUUAAGGCCAUUUUGAAGUUGAAAGUUUACAAAAAUAAAUCAUUGAUUACUAACA